AGUGCGAAUGCAUUUUUGGCUCAGCGGAUCAGCAGCAUCAAUGCUGUCUCUGUGAUUUGCGAGGAGACUGGCGCCGACGUUCGCGAAGUUGCUAAUGCAGUCGGCAAAGAUCAUCGGAUUUGCCCUAAAUUUCUUAACGCAAGCAUGGGAUUCGGAGGUAGCUGUUUUCAAAAAGAUCUACUCAACAUAGUGAGUUGGCCGAUGUAG